AUGCGCAGCUUAAAAACAGCAAGCAACCCAGCUGCUAUCGCUAAUCCAUCACCUCCACCUUAUGAACCACACAAGAAAACGCCUAAAUACAAGUCUUUUGAAGUGUAUCGAUGGAACCCCGAUCGACCUACAGAAAAGCCUAUACUCAAAACGUUCAAAGUGGAUUUGAAUUCAUGCGGUCCAAUGGUACUUGACGCUCUUAUCAAAAUCAAGAAUGAACAAGAUUCUACCUUGACUUUUCGUCGCUCCUGUCGUGAAGGCAUCUGUGGUUCAUGUGCUAUGAACAUUGGUGGUAUAAACACACUUGCCUGUAUUGCUAGAAUCGAUCCUGAUAUAUCAAAACCACUCAAGAUUUAUCCUUUGCCUCACAUGAACAUUAUCAAAGAUCUUGUACCUGACUUGACGCACUUUUAUAAGCAAUAUAAAAGCAUUGAACCUUAUUUAAAGCAAAGGACAUCUCCUCCUCCUGACAGAGAAAAUUUACAAUCGAUUGAAGAUAGAGACAAGUUGAAUGGUUUAUAUGAAUGCAUCUUGUGCGCUUGCUGUUCUACUUCUUGUCCAUCUUAUUGGUGGAAUCAAGAAGAAUAUCUCGGUCCGGCUGUAUUGCUGCAUUCCUACCGCUGGAUGGUCGAUAGUCGUGAUCAAUAUGGUAAAGAGCGCAGAGAGAGGCUGCAAGAUAAGAUGUCGUUAUAUCGAUGUCAUACUAUCUUGAAUUGCUCAAAGACUUGUCCAAAGGGACUCCAGCCAGGAAAGGCUAUCCAACGAAUUAAAAUGCUCAUGGCAACAGAGUAG